AUGUCGAUAAUUCCGUCGGGCGCCGCCUCGGAGAGUGCACCAGCAACCCAGGCUGUUUCUUCUCGAGACUGUGCGGUUGUGGCACCACUCGAGUCUGGGAAAAGAGAUGAAACUUCAAUACCGGCGAAGGAAAGUCGGAGUUCAACUGGAGCAGGUAAGCUUGGUGUUGGAGAAAGAGGUAUGCGUCUUGCCGACCAAGGAGAAAAGACUGGUGCCGACCAGGGCGAGAAGACUGUUGCCGACCAAGAGAAAAAGCUUGUAGUUGCCGACCAAGAGAAAAUGAUCGUUGCUGGUGAGUGUGAGCAGCGUCCCCCUGCAGUCGGAGUGCAAUAUGAAACGAAAGGCGCUCAUGCUGCAAACGCAUUUCCGGAUACGGAUGCUCAGUCGCAUGCAGAUGGGACCUCUCUCGGAAGAAAAGACGAGGUAAAAGUCUGCGAUCAAGCUGUGCGGGCGGUUGAAGUUGAAGGUAUGUAUGAAUAAAUGCUAAUACUUGGAAUUGGACUGAAAAUGUUACUGGCGACUGCUCAAGGUGGUCAUUUUCACAGUCAUGCCACAUCAUUCGAUGUCAACGUUAACAUUCACUAUUCUGUUGUGUGCAACUAAUCUGGAAGGAAUAGCUUAUGUCUGAUUUUGAUCAAGUAAAACUAACGCCAAUGCUGUGCGUACAUUAACACGUCACAGGUGAGAUACUUGAAGAAGAAAAAAAUGCGAAGACGGGAGCGGUCGCUUCUACUGUCGCGGCGUUUUCAAACAAGGAGGCUCAGGACUCGAGAGCGGAUGCAGUGAGCCGCAACGACGCAACGCAAAGCUCAGAAAGUGCUAUUUAUUUACCUUGUUUGCCUUUGCGCCCUUUUUCUACUGGGUCUGGGUGAGCUUAGAUAGCACCGCGUACUUCUACUUAGACUCUAAUCCCACUUUCUGUGGUUCUUGUUUGGCUUUUCGCAAGUUGGCCGGUAUGCAAAGUCACAUGAUCGUGCAUGUGAAGAGAAAGUAGCAUCUUGUGACUUUUUUCUCUCUGCAGGUGCGAAGCAACUUCUUGGCGCCAGCGAAAUUUCAACGAAGCCCCCUUCUGCUUCUGUGACGCUCACCACACACACGCAAGAUUCUGUCCCCGAGAAGAAAGGCAAAGGUCCAGAAAAACUUCCUCUGAUUGGUGCAACCACAGACCAGCCCGAAUCUGCCGUUGCCGAGGCAGAACAAAGCUCGACUUCUUCCAUUGGUAUUGCCAUUGCGACUUCGCGUUUUUUUCUCCUUUCCAAGCACGUGCUCUGUAUCCUUUCGUCCAUAGUUUUAUUUUGCUUCACGUUUAUUGAAAUUCAAAACUCUUUCGAGCUCCCGGUAUAGAUAGGACAGUAGGAACAAACUCUACUCCUACUUUAUUCUAGGUACAGUUGCAGGAAAAGUCCAGGUUGCUGCACCCGCGGAUGCUAACACCACCGACGUUCUGACAGUUUCGGCCCCUACCGCGUCGGUCGCGUCUGCUGCUGCGGCCACGGCGUCGUCCGAAAAAGGUGCGGUUCCUGAAGAAUCACGCGUUGAAGUUGUAGUUGAUGCUGUGCCCGAAACACCAGUGGACGCAGCACAGAAAAUCAAAGCCAUUCGUACUUAUUUCUGUUUGUUAUGUUUUGGUAUCGAGAAGUAUUUGGAUUUGGUUGGUCUAGGAUCUUGCAGUGACAACUUGGUCGCAUUUUUUCGCGUAUUAAGUACGCCGUUCGAUAGCAUGAGCAUCUGAUGAAGUAGUGAGCGCUCACAUUUUCUGCGCGACCGGCAUUUGCAACAAAAUGUUGAAAUUCUACGUACCCCACCCUGUAUCAUAAAAUUCUACAGAUGAACAUACAGAAGCUCGUCCAGCUACUCCUCCUCCUUUCGCCGCUGGAUCAGUAAACGCAUUUGUCUCAGGAACGAGCGCUCAUGAAGACAAGCAACACGAGUUGGCCGCGGCUCGGGUCCCGCAAGAACUACAGGUGGUAGAGCACGAAAGUGGUGGUAAGGCACCUCCUGCCGCCGAGAGAGUUGACGCUUCUGGUGGCAACAAGGACGAUUGUCAUGCAACCCGCAUGUCGGAACCGGAAGCGGUAGCGGAGCCGCAAGCGGAAGUUGAAGUUCGUGAGCAUAGCGAUCUUCAAAUCAAUUCUCUUCCUGUCGACCAGAUCGGUGCUUCUGCGACGAUGGCGAUGCAGCCCGUGUUUCAAGACGAAUUUGAUGUUGCUGCUGCGACCGCGGUGAGCCCCGGCGGCUUUUGCGCCACAUCCUUGAUGCCAGAUCUUCUCCCCGAUGGCCCUUUGGUUCCCGACCUUCUAAACGAUGACCAGAACGACGAGACAAAGUACCUGCACGAGUUGUUUUCUUCGGUAGCAGCAGCGCCAGCGUCCGUCUCGUCGCAGUCGCACGACCAAUAUAUACCGCACCCCCUGGCCAUGGCCAGCACGACCGCGGGACCAGCGACAGGCAGCUCAGGAAGCACAGUUAUUUCUGGCCAAGUCGAAGACGUAAACAUGCAGCCCGAUAAUGUUGCGACCGAGGUACAACCUCAGGCUGUCGCUGUCGACGUACAACGGAUCGAGGACCCGAAUGAAACCUGCUUAGCGACGGAAAAGAGCAAGGCACCGGUAGAGCAUGUUCAAGAGAAUGAGACACGCGGGUCAGGAGCUGAACUCUCGGCGCCUGCCCAAAAGGUAGAAGAUGCUGCUAAAGGGGAAGACAUCAAGAUUACGGUGCCGGAGCUACAAAGCGCGAAAGUGGAGGCGUAUACGAUUGAAGUGCCAGCGGAGGAAAAGAACAGCGACGCGGCGAAAGCAGACACGACGUCUAGAGUUGCAGUUGGAGUAGAAGUUGAAAAGCCAGAGGGAGCAAAUUAUGAAGCUGUCUCGUCGAAGGAGCUGAAGCAGGACAGCAUUUUUGUUGAAGCGCCCAAAGUUCGUGAGGAAAACGCGACUCAACAUGCAGAGGCCAUUCAGUUUAAGGCGGAUGGGCUACCUGAAGGACCAAAGAAAGACGCCAGCACGAAGUACGACAAAGCGAAGGCGAAGGGUGAGCAAUCUUCCCUGGAAGAGAGGGAGGAUCAGGCCGAAAGCAGUGGGCGCCAGCACCAGGAGGUUGCGACUGCAUCGCCCUCAGAGAUGGUGGGACAGGAUGCUCUCGCGGCUCAGCCGGCUUUUCCGGCGCAUGAAACAGGUGGAGCUAGUGGAGCAUACGCGUUCAAAGCAGACAAGUCUUCGGAUGAUGUCUCCCAGCAGAAGGACGAGGUCAUGAAGCAGAAUCUUCUCAUUCGGGAUGACGUGGAACUCCACCCAGCAGAAGCACAAGGGAAACAGGCUGCGCCACCACCUGCCGUGGCCGGAGUAGAGGCAAUCACGCGCGCUGCAGACGCUGCUCCUUCUGAACGCGAGGGAUCCCUGGACAUUAACAACAAGGAUGGAAAAAAGGUGGUCCUGCCGGCAGUAGAAGAACAGAAAAAAAGUGAUGAACUUGCCGCCUUUCCCGGUGCUUCGGAGUUGGAGAACGCGAUGCACAAGAUAGAGACCUCCUGUGAAAGUGGUGUAGAAGAGAUUAACCUUAAGAAGGACAAAGAGCAGACGCAGCCGCAGGCCCAGGAUUUGCCGGUGAGAAAGAGUGCGGUCGUUGACGUAGUUCCAGGUGUUGCGCAAGACGUGCCGAAGGAUAAGGAAGGAAGUACGAGCCUACGUCAGCGGCCCGCCUCGGCCAAGAAGAAAAAGAAACGUCGUCGGCGCGAGAGCGCAGAAUCGCAGCAGGCUACCUCGGAAAAUUGCCGUUUGUCGAAACUAGACGACAAGGCGGAACAUGAAACGAAGGUGGAAGCGGACCAAGCGCUCGGCCCGCGGAAGAAAACGAAGCGUGCCACGUCUGCUGAUGUGAUGGUCCACCCUUCGGCUAGCCUGGUCAUUGAAGGAUCUGCUGCCGACAAAGGACCAGAGACUGCUGGCCUUGCGCCGCUUCUCGAUGCGCGCGCGGGAGCCCCAUCGGCAUCGUCAGGUGCGACUGCGAAACCCGAGCAGCCGGAUAAUGCCCCGGGCUCUUCCGGUGAUGAUAACAACAAUCACAGCCAGAAAGAUAUGAAGCAACAGUCCGAGGACAAGGCGAGUGAGACGGGUGUUGAUGGCCGAACGGCUUUUGCUUCUGCUGAUACAUCAAAACAUCCGGUUCUGUCGUCCGAGACGAGUACCUUCCCGUUCCUCACAAGACAAAAGGCAGAACCCGCAAACGUAGAAGGCAAAAAUGACAGCAAGACCACGCAAAAAAGGGACGCCUGGGAACCACCGCGCUCAAGCUCCAACUUUUCGCAGCAACAUCAACCCAAGUACAACGCAUCCAGACAGACCAGCAGCGCUCAGGAGUGUGGACAUCUAUCUCACUCUCCUCGAGGAGCGCGCGGAGCCAACGAUCGUCAGCUGCCAGCAGGGCGAGACCGUGUUCGCGGCGGCCGGCAUGACAGUAGGCAGAGGAGCGGUCGGGGUGCACCAGGUUACCUCCAUAACGAUCAUAAUAUUUGGAUGGAUGCUGGCGACGACCGGAACAGGUAAAAAGCUUGAGUUUGUUGCAGUACUACGCUGUAUCUUUUUGUUUUAUGAUCACGUUCUUGAUGCCCUGAUGUGAUGACAAGGAUCGCAAGGGAUAUGGCGCCAGCUAUCAUGGUGCAGUUAUCGUGGUAGGACUCAGAGUGGUCAUGCUGCUCUACUUCGUGCUUGGUGGAACACAAUGACAUCGUGAACUCCACUUGUAUUUGCAGGCGUGACGAUCGCGAUCGGGAUCGGGAACGAGAUCGCCCUGCUCCGUGGGAAACGAACAGGGAUCGCGACCGAGAUGACCGAAGGGCACGGAAUCGAGAUCGUAACCAGGAUCGCCCUGGUGCGCGGGACGCGACGACUAGGGAUCGCGAGCGACAGGACUGCAGACAUUGGGAUCGGGAUCGCUAUCGCUCGGGGGAUCAGCGUGAUUUCCAACAACGCGGGGCUGGUGCGGGGGGCGAUCGUGGCAGGAACCCGCAGCGGGGCAACGAUUACAAUCAUGGCUACCGCGGUGACCGGGAGCGUGAGCGUCAACGUGAAGAACGCGACCGUAGAGAACGCGAACGUACUAGAGAACGCGAGCGUGGUGAUCGCCAACCGGCGCCGGAGAGGAACGAAAGGCUUUCGAGCAAAUGGGAUCAGAAGCCGCAAAGCAUCGUGGAGAACAAAUCAAAAAAUAGCUCUUGUGCAGCGUCCUCUUCAACUGCCCAGCAGGGCGUCGACAAUAACGUGUCGAGCAGGCAGAACAGCAGUAAAAGUCACACCAAAGGCGUGAAUGUGACCGAAGCGGGGGAAGAAAAAGGCAGCUCCUAUCGCGACAAGAAGGUGCCGCCACCGGAACCCCAGCCGCCUGUGACGAAAAUUGACCCGCGGUUUGAAUACGAAAAGAGGGCGGAGCAGGCCGAGGCCGAAAAGGCGCGACAGAAGGAGUUGCUUGCCGCGAAAGAGAAGAACCAAAAAGCGGACGAACCACAGAUGAAGGAAAAGGCGUCGAAGGAGAAGCAAAAAGGUGGACGAUCAGAAGACCAUGAUAGUGGCGGACAAAAAAAAGAUCGCGACGAGGCCAAGCAUGAGCAUCGUCCAAAGAACCGCCGCUCAACAGCGGCGCAAAGAGACCCGCCGAAGAGAAACAAAGACGAUCGCUCCGAUGGCACCGCGCAGGGCCGCGAGACACGCCGCGAGCACGGAAAUAAAAGAUCGAGGGAUACCAUUGGCGCCAAGGAUGUAGAAAUUGUGGCGGAUAAAACUACAAACCGCGACCGGGACCGCAAGGAGGAUAACAGAAACAAAGAGACGAAGCCGAAGCCUUCUCGGGACCGCGGCGACAAGCGAAAAACCUCGAAAUCGGAUGAAGCAAAGGGUACGAAGAAGAAUAACAAGCGGCCGCGAUCCCCGAAUGGCAGGAAGGAAGACGUUGACGCCUCCGAGAAGAAAGAGAAGAAGAUGAAAAAAACUGAUGCUCGCGACCGAGACGAUGAUGUUAACGACAGUCGUGAGCAGAAACACAAGAAGAGUCGCGACCGGAACAAAAUAAAGAACCGAGAUGAUAAGCGGGAUGAGGACCGGGACCGGCAUCGGAACAAGAAAGAAGAGCGCACUGGUGGUGACCAUCGUGAGCGAGAUCGCCGGAAGACGCGCGGCGCAGCGAGGGACUCAGUUGUAGAAGUUGAGGCCAAAACGGGGGACCACGGCAAGAAUAAAUCCAAGAAGGAAGCAGAAGCCUCCGUGCCGGAGGCGAAGAAACAUCACGCAGCCGUGGGGUCCGAGAAACAGGACCGACAGCAAGACGGUUUCAUUGCCGCGAAUAAGGAACGAGGAGAAUUCCGCACGAAGGAUACCACAGCGACGCUUGAUCAAAACCCGGGAGGCAGCGGAGCAUCCGUUUCUGGAUCUGCUUUGUGUUCGCCCGAUCUGGUGGACCCGAAUGAGAAAAUGGAAGCAUUGGACGAAGUCUUGGCGUCUAUCGAUGAGAUCAAGCUCGACGAGGAGCCCGGCACAAAGAAAUCCGGCCUCGACGUUUCUCAGCAGCAAGACAAUGCAUCGGGAAGCCGACGGCAGGAGAAAGGCGCCGAGGAGAAGGUGGGCCAGACGCAGCGUCACCGUUCUCGUAGAAAGACUGACGCAAGAAAGGGAAAGGAACAAGACUUACCGAGGAAGGACAAAGUAGAGAAUGUGCACAAAGAAAGGAGAAGAAGAGAAACAACCAGGACCGAUGAAAACACACGAAAGUUGUGAAAGUCAUGUAAAGUAGUACACUUCUUUUUUUGCAAAAAACAUGAAGGGCAAGCUUUUUUGAUUUGAACUUUUUUCUGCAAAACGUUUCGUGAUUUCAUUAGCGAGGUUCAUUAAUUUUGAUAGCCAAGAAUUUCCUAUUCCGCUAUCAAAUGUUGCCUGGUAGAUGAAAUUCACGCCUCGGUUUUCCGUCGCAAAAAAGUACAUACAUAUACAUCCUACAUGAACCAAAACCAAAAGGAUGACACACAACUGUCCUCUACAUUUUUGGUUUUGCUUCUCUUAUUCUUUUGAAUGAGUCUGAAUCUGAAAGGAUAUCAUGUAGAGAAGUAGCUCCUGCAUGCCCAGCGGUGAAGGUGAACACAGUCACAAUGCUUUAAAAUCCUUUCGUAAAUCUCAAUAAUCUAGAAGAGUCAGGUCCGCGUCGGGACGAUGUACUGCUGCAGAAACUUGAUUGUAAUGUGGCACAUGCACCACUAGUACCACAAGCACAUCAACCUCACCUUUCCUCCGUGAGCCAAAGAAGGAUGAACUCAUAAACUUAAAUCGGUGAAGACACAUGAGGGGAAGAUACUAGAUUUUCAGUAAGUACACAUACCCAGCACGAAGAUUUGCUCCGUAGUAUGUUCAGUUCACGUUGUUGCUCAUUGGGCGCGUUGUUAUCCAUUUUUCGAGGUAGAAAGUCAAGGUAAAUCCAAACUCUUCCAGGUAAGUUAAGGCAAAACGUCGCUCACUAAUAUUUUAAAGCUCGAGGUCCAAGGCUCCCCAGUUUUUCUGAAAGGUUUUUUCUCGGUAGGUUUGGUAGGUGUAAGGUCAUCAAAAAAAAGCCGAAGAGGUAUUUCAGUUAUCUUGCUUCAAGUAGCUAAGGCUCCCCAGGUUUCCCUCCGGUUCUGUUGUCUGCUGAAAAGAGGAAGAAAUUUUGAACAAAACGCGAACACUUUUCAUUUCAUGGCCGAUCCUGGCGCUCCUGCGAGUGCGUGGCUUCAGUUUCGAGUCCGAGUUGGGGGGCAGAUAGACGCCCACCACGCGAUCAUCCGAAGUCCGAAGUUCGAAAAAAUAGAAAAGUCUGAAGCUC